AGGAGCACAGGACAUUGGCUGUCUGAAUGCAGUGGUUCAGUGUGGUGUAGGGAAACUGCCUCUACAGCUAUGAGGAGCCUGCUUCUGUGUUUAUGUUGUGCACUCCUGGACCUCCUAAGAGCCCACAGCCAUGUGCUCAAGCAAGGACGAAUCAUAGGUGGUCACACAGCUGCACCAAACUCCAUCAGAUACAUCGUCUCGCUGCAGACCACCAGGGGUCAACACUUCUGCGGUGGAUCAUUGGUUCACAGGUACUGGGUGCUGACUGCAGCACACUGUAACAUUGGAGCAGAGCACAUGAUGAUCGUGGCUGGCGACUACAUUGUGAAUUCCUUCGAGGGCACUGAGCAGUACGCUAAACCCCACAGGCUGGUCACCCAUCCGCUCUACAACGAGAGCACCAACAAUGCUGACAUCAUGCUCAUUAAGUUGCGAGCACCCAUGGUGCUGAACCGAUAUGUUUCGCUGGCGCCUCUGCCCAGGCAGGGGACAGGAGUGGUGGAAGGCCAAGUGUGUCGGGUGUCUGGAUGGGGCUACAACGGUGCGGGAGGAGGCCAAGCCCCCUUCACCCUCAGGACGGUCACAGUGCCCAUUGUUUCAACUGCAAGGUGUAACAGCAGUGAAUCCUUUAAUGGAAACAUCACAGCAAACAUGAUCUGUGCUGGCCACAGGAAUGGAGGAAGAGAUGCAUGCAAGGGAGACUCUGGAGGGCCUCUGCUGUGUGGGGGGCGGGUCUACGGUGUGGUGUCCUGGGGCAAUGGCUGUGGUAGCGCUAAGUUUCCAGGAGUCUACACGGCGGUGUCAAGAUUCCGCCGAUGGAUUGACCAAACCAUCUACCGCUCACACUAUCGCUGUACCAGAUACUGA